AUGAAAAUACCUUUUUAAAUACAACAAUAUUUCUCUAGUAAAUAAGCUUAGCAUCACAAAUUGUUAGAUGAAGAGUCUGAAUAACUUCAUAAGAUGAUCAUUAAGGAGAUUGAUAUUGAUUCAAAUAUGUGUAAAAAAUAAACUUAAUUAAUACUUGGUGAUACUCCUGUUUAUUUUCCUCAUAAACCUUAUGAAGUAUAAAAGAUUUAUAUGGAAAGCGUGAUAAAAUCAUUAAAUAAAAAAUAGAAUGCAUUGUAUAUUAUUAAAAUCAAUUAAGAUUAGAUUGGAAUCACCAACAGGUACAGGUAAAACUUUAUCUUUACUAUGUGCAUCUUUAGCAUGGUUAAAAAAGAAUAGAAAAGAGUAAUUGAAUUCUGAACAACCUAAAAAUAUUAAAAUUAUUUAUUCUUCAAGAACUCAUGCACAAUUAAAAUAAGUAGCUAUGGAAUUGAAGAAAACUGUUUAUAAACCUAAUGUUUCUAUUCUUGGAUCAAGAGAUUAAUAUUGUAUUAGAGGUGAUUUUAGUAUGAUUAAAGGGACUAUUUUAAAUUAAAGUUGCCGAAAAUCAGUCAAAGCUAAUUAAUGUUAAUUUUAUAAAAAAGAUCAUUUACUUUUAAUGGCUUAAAAUUAUAGUACAUUAAUUAGUAGUUUAGAAGAAGCAAAGUAAUUUGGAUAUAAAAAUAAAUUAUGUCCUUAUUAUUUUGAGAGACAACGUCUUGAUUAUGCUGAUCUAAUACUUUUACCUUAUAAUUAUUUAUUAGAAAAAGAAUUUUAAGAUGUUGUUUAAAUAGAAGAUUCUAUUUUAAUAUUUGAUGAAGCACAUAAUGUAUAAUCAACUGCUGAAGAUGGAUCUUCAUUUCUUAUUACACAUAACAAUAUUAUUGAAGCAGAAAAAGAUCUUGAAAAAUGGAUUGAUGAACUUGAAUCAGUUUCAGUCUUUUAUGAUUAAUUAAGAACUAAAUUGAAUUCAGCUAAAAUCUCAUCUGAAUUAAAAGAAUAUCGAUCUAUUAUGAUUACUAUUAGAGUAUUUGCUUAAUAUUUAGAAUUAUUUAAAAAAAAUCAAGAAUUUGUUAAUUCUGAUAAAGAUGAGAGAUAUAUGAUUUUAGAUGCUAGAUAAAUUUAAUCUAUGAUUUUUGAUAAUACAUAAGAUAAAGAAAAUACUUUUAGAUUAUGGUCUGAUAAUUCAUAAACUAAUUAUGCUAAAGGUGUUAAUAAAAAUAAUUUUGCUAAAUAUUUAAUUCAUUGUACUGUUUUAAUAGAAGUAAUGGGUGAAUUAUCUUAAAUUCCAGGUUAUCAUUUUGAAUCUUGGGUUAAAUUUAUGAAAAAUGUUUUUGAUUUAAUAAAAGUCGAUGAUGAAAGAGAAAAAUAAAAACUUUCAUUAAACUCUUUAUAAAAUGAGUUUAAUUAAUAUAAAUUAUCUUUUUUAAUAGAUUAAUCUAAUCAAUUAUCAAUUAAUAUGUGGUGUUUAGAACCAUCACUUGCUUUUUAAAGACUUUGUAAUAAAAGUAUUUAUUCAAUUUUAUUAACAUCUGGUACACUUACACCAAUGGCAUCAUGGGUUUGUGAAUUAAGAUAACCUUUUGAUGUUUAAUUGGUAAAUGAACAUAUUAUUGAUCUUAAUAAAAAUCUUAGAGUUUAUUAACAUAAAUCGUUUGAUUUUUCUUAUAAUUAGAGGAAUAAUGAAGAAUAAAUUGGUAGAUUUGGAGUUACCUUAUUAAAUUUCUGUUAAAUAAUACCUAAUGGAAUACUUGUUAUAUUUUCAUCUUAUAGUUUAAUGAAUAAAUUUAGAAGCAAAUGGACAUAUAAUAAAUUAAUAACUCGAUUAUGUGAAAUAAAAGCAUGUUUAUGGGAACCUUAAUAAAGUACUGAAAUGUAGAACGUUUUUGAUACAUAUAAAUAAAAAGCUAAAAAAGGUGCAAUAAUGUUUGCAGUUCAUAGAGGAAAAGUAGCAGAAGGAAUUGAUUUUUCAGAUGAAUUAUGUAGAGCUAUUUUUUUAGUGGGAGUUCCUUAUCCACCUAAAUAAGAUAAUCGACUACUAGAAAAAAUGGGUUAUUUAGAUAAAUUAUUUAAUGAUCCAGAAUUUAAUAAUUAAUAAAGAAUAAGAAGUUCUGAAUGGUAUACUUAAUAAGCCAUUCGUGCUACAAAUUAAGCUAUGGGAAGAGUUAUUAGACAUAUAAAUGAUUAUGGGUAUGAAAUAUAAUUAAUAUUAUUUUUAGUAUUGUUUUUCUAUGUGAUAAAAGAUUUGAAUACAAAGACAUUAAAUAAGGAUUAUCAAAAUGGGUAUAACCAGCUAUCUAACCUUGGAUUAAUGAUGAUGAUGUAAUGAAAUAAACUAAAGAAUUUUACAAUAGAACCACAACUAUUUAAGAAUAAUGUAUCAAAGAAUAAAUAUGUUAAAAACCAAUUUAAGAAUAAGAAGUUAAGAAAAGAUAACUUCAAUUCUUUGGUUUAUAAAAUAAAAACGAUAAACUUAGUGAUGAAUUCUAAUAAAAAAUAUCAAAAUUUGAUAAUAAAUCAACAGAAAAAUAAUAUAUAAAUUUAAAGACUUAUGAAAUGAAUCAACUACCUUAAAAUAAAUAAUUAAAACUAAAUAAUUCUAACUCAUUAAAAAUAUUAGAUAAAUAAUAAUUUGAUGAAAAUUGUAAUUAUUUUAAUUCUGAUUCUACUCACAUGUAAUAAAUAUCAUCUAAAAUGAUUGUUGAUAAUUAAAAUAUUGAACAAAUAGAAUUCAAAUAGAAAAAGCUUUGUAUAAAAUUAAAAAAUAAAAAAUGA